GAUAAUUGUAACAGUCAGAUAUUUCUAAUUAUUAGCGAGGGGGCUCAUGGCGACUGCUGCGUCUCCUUCUUCUUCUGCUCUGUUCUCUGUUUUCGAAGCCACUCGAUUCUCCAAACUUCAAACCCUAACUUCUCGCCCAAACCCGCAGGUUUUCCGCACUGUUCUGCUUCGUAGCAAUCGGCACCUGAAGUCUCAGAGAAUCUGCGCUUCCGUUUCUGCAACGCCGGCGGUUCGAACCCGGCCGGAUGAUCUCGUCGCUUCCAUUCUUUCCAAGGUGACACAAACAGAUCGUGGGGUUUUGCUAUCUAGUGAAGAGCACAAAGAGGUAGCUGAACUAGCUCAAGAAUUGCAGAAAUAUUGUGUUGAGAAACCAGUUCAAUGUCCUCUUAUAUUUGGAGAGUGGGAUGUGGUUUACUGCUCCGUGCCAACAUCACCAGGGGGUGGCUACAGGAGUGCAAUUGGACGCCUUGUUUUCAAAACAAAGGAAAUGAUUCAGGUGGUUGAUGCUCCCGACACUGUGAGAAAUAAGGUGUCCUUUUCUGCUUUGGGAUUCAUUGAUGGAGAGGUCUCUUUGAAAGGAAAACUGAAGGCUUUGGAUCAUAAAUGGAUCCAAGUUGUAUUUGAGCCACCUGAACUCAAAGUAGGACCAUGGAACUUUAGGUAUGGUGGGGAGAGUGAGGUGAAGCUGGAGAUUACUUACAUAGAUGAGAAGAUCAGGUUGGGCAAGGGCUCUAAAGGUUCUCUGUUCGUUUUUGAAAGAUGCAAACAGGCAUAGACCUCAUGAAAGGUUCACCAUUCAUACAGUUUUUUUCCCAUCCUAAAUUUCUCAUUUCUAGUUUCAAUGUUAAUAUGACAUCAUUGCCUCUCAAUCUAAUGAGCUAUUACCCUA